GAAAGAAUUAACGCGACCAGUUCAGUGUAGGUAUGUCAGCGGACUAAAUAUGACUGUCCGUUUUUGAAAAACUUUCGCGCCGAAUUGACUUCUUGGAAUUAAUCCCACGCGUGCCUAAGACGAAUUCGGCAAGUUUUGAAUACGCCAGACGAAAAACUAGAAUUAUUGUUAAGUAAUAACAGUGGAAAACUUAAAAUCCUUUGAUAUUAUUUCUGAGUAUAUUUGAUUAAAACAAUCAGUAUGAAGAACAUAUUGAGCGUUUCUCUUCUGUGUUUGAUCCCAUUGGUCCGAAGUAACGAGGAUGCCAAGGAGGCUAAAUAUCCUAGAUUUGAACGGAGCUGUUUCAGGAGUAUGCCCAGCGCUGAAUUGAACGAGUGCCUGAAAUUCAAUUUGCAGCAGAACCUUCCACGCUUUAGAGCAGGGAUUCCGGGGAUGAUGAACGAGAGCAUCGACCCUCUACACUGGAAAGAAUUUAACGGAGAUUUUAAAACGAGCGUUUUACGAGGCAGUAUGUCAAUAAGAGGAAUUAACUUUUCCGGAUGGUCAAAGUUGAGAAUUUUAGACGUAAGGGCCAACGUUGCCGACCCUAAGAAACUCAUAACCGAAGUUGAUUGGUGGGCUCCGAGUAUUGUCGGCGUCGGUCGAUUCGACAUGAGCGGGAAAAUCGGCAGAUACGAGUUCGUCGGCGCUGGUCCCUUCGAAGUGGCUCUCGGUGGCGUAAGUGGAACAUGGACGAUCCGGGGAAGUCAAGAGAAAACUGCCCCGUACAUGGAAAUCUUGAGUCUCCGCGGCCUCCCGGAAAUAGAUACUUUCAAAGUUACGGCCGAAAAUGCCGCCAUCGGCAAUGAACGGAUCGGCCAGUUGGUGGUGGCGACCAUUAAUCGAACAUGGAGAAUAAUGGUUGGGUUGGCCAACAAACCAGCUGAGAAGCAAUGGGAAGCCUUUUGGACGGAAAGGCUCAACAGGAUCUUCCUUAACGUCCCUUACGAGGAGUUGUUCCCACUUCGGCCUGAACCUGAGGAGCAGCUUUUAGACCAAUCCACAGCACACCCUCCGGGAUCGCCAUAAAUAUCAAUCAAAAUAUGGGCUUUCCCACCCUAAACCGAAAUUUUUCAGAGCAAAUAAAGCGGGUAAAACAUUGAACCAAGGCUUGCUAUUUUGUAUGGCUUCAAAUAAACAGUUUCUGCGAUUUGUA